CCUCCCCUUCACUCCCAACACCCAGGAAUCAUUCCCCCCAUCAGUGACCUUACCCGAUAUCCUAUCCCCCACCUCGACCCUUCACCCCCUCCGAUUUCCCGACCGCCGCCUUCCUAGAACCCCAUACCCAGGUCAUCACUCUUCCCUCUUUGUCCUUUGACCACGACCACCACCAACCCAGAACGCCAAACCCAUGAUCCCCCUCUCUUUCUCCCCCACCUAGAUCGAAACCCAAACCCAUGACGACCCUCCCUUUCUCUCCUUUGCCAAGACUUAAGCCACAACCCGUGACCCAAACCACCUCCAUUAGGGUUUCGAUUGAGAUGGGGUGGCUGGGGUUAGGGUUUUGGUAGGGAUGAAGAUGAAAAUAAAGUUAUAAGUAGGGUAAUUUUACGCAAUUUCUAUGUUACUCCCGGAGUACCGUCAGCAUGGUACUCCGGGUUCCAAAACAACGGCGUUUCUGCUGCUGGGGCGUUAAGUAUAUAAUCAACCUGCUCUUUCUCCAUUAUCACUUCUUCCCAAUUUUCUCCCUUCUUGAUAUACUUUUUUCCCUCUAUUUUUUCAAUUGCAAAUUUUUCUCUCCGAUUUUUCUCUCAAAUCAAUCACUCUUUUUCCUCUUUUCAUCAAUUACUUUUCUUAAUUGAAUAUGAUUUUGCGAAAUUUGCUAGGUAUUGAGGCCGAUGAUGCUUGUUGUACUGAAUUUGCUCUUGUUGAUUUUGAUGCGGAAAUCAUUGCAGAGCAAGUGGACGACCAUGAAUUUGAUUCAUCAUCAGCAGUUGGUCAACACGUUUACUCAGAAGCAGAUACAUCUGAAUUGCUUGAUGCUGAAGUCAAGGAUGCUGAUGAAGCAUAUAAUCUGUAUAACAAUUAUGCUUAUAGGCUUGGAUUUAGUAUUCGGAAAGGGAAGACAAGGCCUCGAAAUGAUGGGACUGUAUGUGCAAGGGAGUUUGUUUGUUCAAAAGAAGGGUUUAAAAAACAAAGUCUUCCAAAGCGAUAUACUAAGACAGAUUUUAGGACUGGAUGCAAAGCUCAUGUACUGUUUGCUGUUGAUAAGUCAGGUGUCCAUCGUUGUAAAAGACAUGUUAUGGACCACAACCACAAAUUGGUUGAUGUUGAUAAAAGACAUUGGUUAAGAUCUCAAAGAAAUGUAAGUAAGGAUCAAUUGGAUAUGUUCACUUCUUGGAAAGACAAUGGUAUGGGUGUAAGUGAUGCAUAUCGAUUUGUUAGGAAAGAGAGUGGUGGUUUUCAAUCAGUUGGUUGUGUUGUUAAAUAUGUUUAUAAUGCAGUAGGAAAGCAGAAGAGAAAGAAGAUUGAAGGUUGUGACACUAAGCAGUUGUUAAAGAUGUUUGCUGAGAGGCAAGCUAAGGAGACUGACUUCUACUAUGAUUUGGAGCUUGAUGAGAAAGGGCACAUCAUUAGUUUCUUUUGGAGAGAUGGGAUUAUGAAACGAGAUUAUGAAAUUUUUUCAGAUUUGCUAGUGUUUGAUACAACUUAUCGAACCAAUAAAUAUGCCAUGAUUUGUGCUCCGUUUGUGGGAAUGAACCACCGCAAUAAAAAUGUCAUGUUUGGAGUUGGGUUUCUUUUGAAUGAAAAGCAUGAUUCUUUCAUUUGGCUGUACAAUACAUUUCUAAGAUCUAUGGGACAAAUUCAGCCUAUAACUAUCAUGACGGAUCAAUGUCAAUCAAUGGCCAAAGCUAUUUCUAUUGCUUUCCCUAAUUCUUGUCAUCGUCUUUGUACUUGGCAUAUUGGUAAAAAUGCAACAAAGAAUAUUCCUCACUUAAAAGCUUUGAAAGGAUUUAACAGUAUCUUCAACUAUGUCUUGAAGUAUACUGAUACAGAAGCAGAGUUUGAGCAUUACUGGGCAAGGGUGAUCACCAUUUCCGUGUCUCAAAAAUUGAGGGUCACCAUUGAUUUGUGUGAGUUUGUGAUCAAUCAAACUUCAUUUUCUUCACUUAGGUAUUGUUUGGUUUACAAAAGAAUUGAUUUCUUAUGGGCAUUUGUAUCUCAUGGAAAUUUAAAAUCCCACAUUAAAUGUUCUAGGAAUUAACUAAACUUGUGAAAUUU